GUGUGGAACCUAUUAAACUACUCAUAUCCAUUUAAGCAAUCUAUCUUUCCAGAGAAGCAAAUAAUCCGUCUGACCCCAACAACAUAAGCCUAUUUUAGUAAUUCACAUUUUUUUUUUUUCGGAAAAAAAGGCGGCCUUUUCAUAUUUUUCUCUUAGAUAUAUAUAUAACCCCAUCUCCAAACAUCAAUGUAUAUCUUUUGAUCACCAUUAUUUUCUACACAAAAUCACUCAACAACAAAAACUCGAUUAAAUGGACGAGUCAUGGAGAAAGAGCAUGGGUGUCUCCGCCUCCGGCACCUCAACCGGGGGCACGGCACUAGAACCCGAAGAUUUCAAUGACGUUUUCGGAGGCCCUCCAAGAAGCGUACUAGCAAGAAAAAUGUCAGCUGAUUUCUCAGGCAACGAUUGGUUUUACAAUGAGAUUUUCAAGCCACCUUCAGAUUUCUUGGAUUCUCAGGCUAUAAUAUCGGGCCGAAAGUUGCCUGAGUUUGUUAUUCCGGACAGGAGACUGUCCAAGAAUAGGCAAGUGAAGUCCAUGUCAAGAUCAAAGUCCACUUCUUCAUCUGUUAUGAGCUUUGAUGAGAUGAAUGAACUCAAUAACUUCCGAUCCGCCGCGGUUAUUGGGGAGGAGGAUGUUGUUCUUUCAACUUACACUUCCAAGCUCAGGCCACUCAAUGUACCAAGUAGAUGGACUUCAUCAUCCAAGCCUAAGACAAAUCAUAAAAAGCAAGACUUACCAGCAUAUGGAUGCCCUAAAUCUUCUUUAGAUAACAAAUUCAUUGCAAAUGAGUGUAAUGACUACAUGAUACAAUAUCAUCAAUCUAUACCUUCUCCAAAUACUAAAAACUUUGAACACUCCUUCAAAGUAAAUGUCAAUGGUGAAUAUGAUAUGCAACUCUCGCCGAAUUCACCGGUUGUUCCUCCUCAUCAAGGUCGAACAACAAACUACGACUAUGAAGAAUGUUUAUCAUAUCAACAACCUUCUUAUGUUGGUAGUGAAGUAAAUAAUCAAAUGGUUGAAGGCAGCAACUCUGAAGAAAUCAAUAUUGCUGAGGCGAUCGCUUGGGCGAAGGAGAAAUUUCAUGGUUGAAGCUCAAAUGGUAACACACAAGGAGUUAGUAAUGAACAAGAGAGGAGUUAGUAAUGAACAAGAGAGCAUAUAUUUUACAAUACAUGGUGCGAGAUAAAGUCUAUGGCAUGAAAUUAAAAAAAUAUAUCAGACCCUUGAUUGAUAGGGUGUAUGAAAUAAGAAUAUAUGG